GCGAUGUCUAAUCUUCCGCUUGAUGUGAUCGCUGAGAUACUCUCUCGAUUACCAGUGAAAUUUCUCUCACGAUAUCUCUGCGUUUCCAAGCAAUGGUACGCUCUAAUCCACAGUCAAGCUUUCAUCAAUCUCCACCUCCGUCGCUCCAUCGAGUCCAACACAGAUCGCACCCUCAUCCUUCACCAACAACAUGCCACCGAUCCAUUUGAUUACUUCUCCGUCCACUUCCAAAACAACGAUCAGUUCGGCAAGCCCAUGAAAAUUCACCACCCACCACUACCACCCUGUGUAAACAUGUCCACCCAACAAAUCCACGGUUUGGUUUUCGUGCGUAGUAAUACGGGCGAACUUGCUAUCUGGAAUCCACUGAUACGUAGGUACAGGAAGUUGCCCACGUUAGAAAAACCUUUUCCUAGUAUUACGAUCGCUUUAGGAUUCGGCUACGAUACUCGUAACGAUGAUUAUAAGGUAUUGAGGGUCGUACACUUUUUAAAUAGAGAGCUUGAUGUUAAGAUGUAUAGUCUUAAAUCAAAGUCGUGGAAAAAUAUUAAAGAGCAAUGGCCUAAAAAGGGGUGGAAAAGAUCUUCCAAGUCAGUGUCGGUGAAUGGCGCUUUGCAUUGGUUAGUAGCUGAGGAUAAGCAGGGUCCGGUGAUGAUUCUUGCUUUCGAUCUUGCCAAUGAGAAAUUCCGGGACUUUGCAACGCCGCGCCAACCACCCACCUAUGGGGCGGAGAGGUUUUUGGAAGCGUGUUUGGAAGGGUUUUUGGAAGCGUGUUUGGAAGUAUUGAAUGGAAAGCUAUGUUUUAUUGUGAAUCUUGAUAAGAAGGAUAAUGAAGUUUGGUUGAUGGAAGAAUAUGGGGAAGGGAGUUCUUGGACUCGGGUUUAUAAAAUUGAGUAUGAUGGAGUGUUUAAGAAUGUCAAGUUUUUCAAUCCUCUAAUGUUUUCCAAGAAUAGCAAGGAGAUUCUCAUGGAGAAGUGCCACUGGGAUCGUACUUUUCUUAUUUGGUUCGACAGAGAAAUUAAAGAACACAGGAAGGUUAAGAUUCGGAAGCUUCCCCAUGUGUUUCAGACGGCAAUUUGUACCGGGAGUCUUCUUCUACUUGAUGGUGAUAAUGUGAUUAGUCGAUAUUGAAGAACAAUAAUGUAAUUGAUCGAUAUAGAAAGAACAAUAGGGCCUGCAAACCUGCAUGGUGGCUUUGUUUUCAUGGCAUUGUCAUUGUCCUUUUUUUUUUUUCUUCACCAUUUCAAAAGAAAGGAGAGAGGCAGGGGAGGGAGCAUUUCAGUGACGAUCUAUCCAUUUCAUUUGUGGAAAUUACUUACACACUUGAUUAGGAUGAUACUUUUCUGGGGAAAGCAUGUCAUUUGUUUGGCAAUCAAUUUUAUCUAGAAGGUUGUUUCUGUUCCUUCCUAUUGAUUGUAUAGAUUUCUCUCUUCCCUUGGAACCUUUAUUUCUAAUUUUAGAAUCUAAUCUAUCUA